GAUUUUUCUUGAGUAAAAUGAAUCACGAUCUAUGGCUCAUGACCUGGGCUAUAAGCUCAGCUGGUCUGACAAUAGAGGGCGUAAUAACGUAAAUAUUGAGUAGCUUCCAUUCGAUGCCAUGGCUGCUAGUGGUAAACACGCGCACGCCGAUGAAGAAAGUGAAUGUGGUUUCGUCAGUCUCUAGCUCCAUGCUCUGGCGAUCACGAUGAUUUGAAAUUCCAUAAUCAGAAUGAGAUGCUAACGACAUUCAACUGCGAUUGGAUUUGACCAGCCAUGGCAGACUCCAACUAUCCAGAAGGAUUUGAGUGGCUCGUCCAAGGGAAGACGACAAAACUCCCAUCGCAGGACUCGAACGUAGUCCGUGUGUUCCUCAGCUCCACAUUCACAGACACAAUCCACGAGAGGAACCGGCUUUUGAAGGACGUCUUCCCCGAGUUGCAAAAAUACUGUCAGGGGAAAGGACUGGAUUUCGAGGUGGUUGAUAUGAGAUGGGGCGUGCGGGACAAUGCCACCGCUGAUCAUCUAACCUCUGCCCUCUGCAUCAAAGAGAUUGAGACCUGUAAACGGCUGUCGAUGGGACCACACUUUGUGGGUUUUCUAGGAAAUAAAUAUGGCUAUCGACCUUUGCCCCCAGUGGUUGAGUCCGCCCACUUUGAAAAGUUGGCUUGCUCUGUCCAAUCACUGGGCGUGGAACCUGACGAGUCCCAAUUGUUAGCCAAUUGGUACGUCCAGGACACCAAUGCCACGCCCCCAGUGCAUGUGCUGCAGCCAAUCACGUCGCGCCUUCCAAACUUCUACAAUGCUGAACAGCCCGAGUUGCAACAGAAGGAACGAGACGAUUGGUGGAAGACCUUUGGGAGGCUGCAGAGGCUUUUGCAGAGAGGGGCAAGAGCCGCUGUCAAAGAAGGGCUCAUCACAGAGGAAGAAUCUGCAGUUUAUUUUGAAUCAGUGACUGAAAUUGAAGUAAGGGAGGGUUUAAUGGGAGUGGUAGACCCAUCUGCAAGCUGUCUCUUCUUCCUGCGUGAUCUUGAGGGUUUGGGAGUCAAGAUGGAAGAUGAGGCCACAAGACGUUAUCUGGACAUUGACGAGGAUGGGUCAGUUGACAGCAAUGCCCAGACCUCCCUGAAGAAUCUCAAGACCAACUACCUGCCAUCCAUCCUAGGAGAGGAAGCCAUCCACAGAUUCAGCCUUCCCUGGACCCCAUCAGGCAUCGACCCCUCCCACCCUGUGCAUGCCCAGUACCUAGACGACAUCUGCAACAGAUUCAGGGAUGGCAUUAGAGGGAUGAUUGACAGGAGUCUGGAACAGAGGUCAAAGGUCACAGAUCAAGCUGUGGCUGAUGUGUACGAAGAGCUUUUGCACCAUGCUGAGUUUUGUGACAGAAAAUGCAGUGUGUUUCAUGGACGGCAGGAGCUCAUGACCAACAUCCGAGAUUUCCUGUCCCUGAAGCCAGGCAGACCGCUGGUUGUACACGGAGUCUCAGGAUCAGGCAAGACAUCGGUCAUGGCCAUGCUGGCCAAGAACGCCUGUGAUUGGCUGAAGCAGGAGGUGGUCGUGGUGUUGCGAUUUCUGGGCACGUCCGGCCAGAGUUCGGGAAUCCAUGCCGUGCUACAGUCAGUGUGUAGACAGAUAUGCUAUGCGUACAACCUGAAGCAGCCAUGUUCCACCACACUUGGUGAUUACACAGAUCUGACAAAACUCUUCAGAAAGCUCGUAGCUACGGUGGCUACUCCAGAGAAGCCUUUGUUGCUGAUUUUUGACAGCGUUGAUCAACUGUCCGCUGCCAACGAUGCCCAUGCCGUGAACUGGCUGCCCAUGUCUUUUCCAUCGCACGUUCUGAUCGUGGCAUCCAUGCUGUCACUUGACGAGCACAGAUGCCAGGAGAAGAUGCGACUCCUGCUCGCGGAUGACAGUUGCUAUCUUGAGAUGCAGCCGGUUCCCCAGGAGACGGGUCUCGAGAUACUCAACAGCUGGCUUGAGGUGAAGCGUCGUAAGUUGACGGAAGAGCAGCUCAUCAAAGUUUCUGAGGCCUUCUCCAAGUGUCCGCAACCCCUGUUUCUGAAGCUGCUGUUUGAAAACGUCCUGCAGUGGAAAUCCUACACCGGGAUGUCCUCAGAGAGGAUGCUGCCCACCAGCGUCCGGGAAGCCAUCACGAACCUCUUUGAGGAGUUGGAGCACAAGCACGGCCAGAUUGUCAUCUCCCAUGCCCUGGGAUACAUCUCGGCAGCCAAGAGUGGCAUCACAGAGGCAGAGAUUGAGGAUGUCUUGUCAUGCGAUGAUGAGGUGCUGAAUGAUGUGUACCAAUAUUGGGAUCCACCUGCAGAAAACAUCGUGCGGACGCCUCCCUCUCUCUGGAAGAGAAUUCACUACGAUGUCAAUGAGUUUCUGUCUGAACGACAGUCAGGAGGUAAGACUGUCGUUGCUUGGUACCAUCGCCAAUUUAUUGAAGCUGCAGACGACCGCUACCUCAUUAAAGAAGAAAUUAUCUCGGCCCGUCACCAGCUGCUCGCUGAAAUGUUCCUUGGUUCUUAUAGCGUAGGGAAAGUGCGACCUAUCACCUUGCAUAAGCGCAGUAAGGUGUUUCCUGAAGCCGAUCGACAGGUGGCACCUCAACCGUUGGAGUUCAGCAAUGGUGUCUAUAACAGAAGGAAGCUGAUAGAGCUGCCACAUCACCUUGCUGAAGCAGGAAUGUUGGAGGAGCUAGUCUCUCAUGUCCUCUGUAACUUCAACUGGCUCCUAACCAAAUUGGUAUCCUUCAGUUUCCUGGAGUUGAUGUUGGAUUUCCGCCCAUUAACUGAGGAGAUCAUCAUUCUAAUAGAGACCAUGUAUCUCGCAAGCAGCAACCUCAAGGUAGAUCCUUUCUCCCUGGCUGGACAGUUGAUUGGACGGAUUGGUGAUUACGGAAGCAAGUAUCCUAACCUGGAGAAGCUAAUCCAACAGGCGAAGGAUUGGAUAAGAAGCACCAAGCUCCCAGUAUUUGUACCAAGUGCUCCAUGCUUGAUACCUCCUGGUGGACCACUGCGCACAGUCUUUGGAGGCCAUCCCAGUUUGGUCUUAAGAGUAAUGUGCACUCCGUCGGGGGAACUCAUGUUAUCCGCUUGUCUUGAUUCAGAGGGCCACCCGAUGUUCAAUGUCUGGAACAUGUCGACUUUGGAGGUUGUCCAUAACUUGCAGAAAAAGAACGACAAAUCUCCCUUGGUCAAAAACAGCAAGGUGAACAUGUGCAUCAGCCAAAGUAGUCGGUAUGUCAUCUUUGGCAAGAAUUCCCUGGCGUUGUUUGACCUGGUCACUGGAGAGUGUUUGCGGGAGUUAGACACUGACGGCCUCACAAGCUUUAGCAAUCUGACAUUUGAUGAGAAGGAUUCAAGGGUUUUUGCUUGUGCCGAGCCUGGAAAUGUGGUGUGCAUCUGGAGCUUCGCUGAUGGUCAGAAAAUAGCAUCCAUGCAGCACCCAGCGGAGGCUAUCUUCAUCACGACGCUAUCAUCUGGAGAAGAUCUUCUCUCUGUUUGCAGAGAUGGGAAACUUAGAGUGUGGUCUUUGAAAUCACAAGAGUGCGUUAUGUGUCAGACUGGGUACGAUGAAGGCAAGGUGGUGGCAUGUGCUGCUCUUACCCCAGGAGCUAACCAUCUGGUAACAGGCAGCUCAGACGGUCUGAUAAAAAUCUGGUCUGUGCCGCUGACCCUCCCUUCUUCGGCAGAGAGCAUUACCUUGGAGUCGGAGAUCACCGUAUCCGUUAAGGAACCUCUACUGAGUAUUGUCCCCCAUUCAGACACUACCUUUGUGCUGCGAGACAGCAGCAGCAUUAGUCGAAUCAUUCACCUCGUUCCAGAGAGAGAUCCAACGGUUCUUGACCUGAAGGGGCAUGAUGGGCUGAUAACGUGUGUCUGGACCCAUCAAGGAGUUGCAGGAGACGGUGACAGGCCAUCCUUUGUAGUGACAGGGUCAAAGGACGACACGUUGAAAGUCUGGUCCCUGGAUGAUGGUAGAUGCCUCAACACAUUGAAGGGGCACUCCUCCUGGAUUUCUGAUGUUACUGUGUUGACCAUGGAGGAUGGGCCACGAGUGCUGUCGGCUUGCAAUGAUAAGACUGUGAAGAUGUGGAUACCAACCAAAGGAGAGGUAACAAAAAGAGACAGGCAUGAGCUAUCGGUACUGUGCAAUGCUCUGUUUAAGGGUACCAGCUCUCUAAUAGGUGUGUCGGGGAGCAAGGAUAAACAGACCAAGUUCUGGAACUUGGAUGAUGCCAGAUGCUUCAAAUCAGUAAGCUGUGCCUCGGUUGCCAUGGAGAUCCUGGAACCACAGGAGAUGGUAGUCUGUGGCACAGACACUGGAGAGGUGGUAGCUUUUCAGUUGGAAACAGGGUCUGAAGUCUGGCGCUGGCCUCUGUUCAAGAAGAGCAUCGCGGUGAUUGCCCUGGCCGCAAGGCAGACCGUUCUGGUGUGCUCCAAAGAGCCCUCAGACAAAUCAAUCAGGGUGUGUGAUGGAGCUAACCAACUGGAAGAAAAGUUCAGGUUGGUCGGACAUGCCGAGGCUACAACCAUUCUGAGAUCAGUGGUUGGUGAGGAGAAUCCCAUGUACUUGUCGGCUUCCAAGAUGGCCGGCGAGAUCAAAGCGUGGGAUGAUGUCAUGGGAAACUGCCUGACAACUAUGAUGCAUGAACAGGUCAUGUCCAUGGAAGUUUCCCCCAACUCCAAGUUUCUGGCCACCGGCUCCAAUAAGGGCACCGUCAAGGUCUGGUCGUUAGGCAGGACUUCCCUGGGUAGUCUAAUGGCCGAGUUGACCGGUCUGUACAAUGACACCAUCGUCUGUUUGGCAUUUGAUCGGGAGAAUCGUUACCUUGUCUCGGGGGCUCACACUGGCCAGGACCAGUUGCUGAUAUGGGACUUCCAAGGGAAUAAGAAGAGAUACUUGGUUGGGCACACCCAUGCUGUGAUGUCAGUCAGCGUGACGGUCAACAACAAGUAUGUGUUCAGUAGCUCACGAGACUGCACCAUCAAGGCAUGGAGUCUGGAGAGUGCCGACUUGCUGGCUUCUUUCGACUGCCAGUCACAGGUCAAAUUCUUCAAAUUUGUCGAAUUUGCCGAGGACCACUACCGCUUCAUUGCAACCAACCAGUCGGGUACCAUUGCAAUGCUGGACCUUUUGCUAGAGAAAGCCGAACGGGGUAAAAAGGACGAGCAGGGUACUAGACAAAGCAUGAGCUUGCCUCCUCCGAGGUCAGAGGUCAAUGGAAAUGCUUCAAAUGAAUCAACACCUCAUACUAAUGGUUGGAAUGAUAAAGGUAAUAAAAGGAAAAAGAAAAUGUCAAAAGUUUGUGUAGCAAUCUGAAGUUGGGUAAUGUCUAAAACAAAGAUCAGUUGGAAUAUAUAUCGUUUUUGCAAUCAAUCAAAAGUCAACCACUACUGCCGUUAAAGGGGUAUUAUGGCCUGAAAUCCCCGAAAACUUCAUGUUUUGGAUUGAUUACUUAUACUAUGUUGAAGGUCUAGUUAAAAGGAAACUAUCCUACUGUCUUACCGUUACCAAGAAACAAC